AUGCCUGGCACAGAGAGCUACUAUGGGACCAAUCACUCCUCUGUUCCCUUCUCCACAGCCUCUUCCCCAAGAAAUAAUGCCGUUGACAGCAGCAGGUUGUCCAGGGUCAAUCUCUUCUCUGUGACUGCCAGUUUCCAGAACGUGCUAGGCUUUUCAUCUUUCCAGGACGGAAAGAGUAAAGAAGCAACAAGCACAGUAACUCCCUUUAAAAACACUACCAGCACCUCCAGCAGCCACAGCUUAAUCACACGGCCGCCCUCGCCUAAACGGAAGCUGGGAAGCGAGUGCCAGUAUGAGCAGCUCCUGCCACCAGCUCCGCAUCCGUCCUCCGCAGGAGCCGCGCUGAGCCACGUGAGCCUGCCUCCGCUCCGCUCCGCCCCGGGCUGCUCCCCCACUUUCUCGGCCCACGUCGUCACCCAGACCCCGUCACAGCCGCCCGGCCGGCCCCCGCAUCCCCCGCCCGCACCCCGUCCGCGCUCACCCGCGACGCCUGGAGCCACGCGCGCCCGGGGCGGGGAGCCGAGCCCGGAGCCGCGUCCCGGCGCGCUCCACUGCGGCCGCCCCGGCGGCGUCCGCACCUGGCGCGGCUCGACCCUCCGGAGCUCCCGGGCGCGCUGCAGCCCUGAGGGAACCCGGAGCCGAGCGCCCGGGCUCCCCGCCUCCCGCCGCCAGGGGGCGGAGCCGGGAGGGGAGCCGGAACGUGUAAGUGGAGAGCGCUCCGCGGCCGGGCCGCUCCCCGCCGGGGCGCCCCGACGCCGGCCCGGAGACCCCCGCGCUCCGCUCCGCCCCGCGCACCCGCCCGCGCGCUCCCGAGCACCGCGCAGCAGCUGCACCUGCGGCCACGUGCGCCACGUGCCGGGGCUGCUCGCUCGCACCUGGCUGCACCCGCGGCGUCCAGAGCUGUGCUGCGCCCGCGGCCGGGGCCCCGGGUCAUCCCGGGCUCGAGGGGAGGUCUGCGGUCUCCUCCUGCCCUCUGGCCACCUGUUUGUCCUUCGGAGCCCUGCGGCCUCGGCGAGCGGCGGGGCCGGCGCACCAAGGGUGGGCGGCCGAAAAAGUUUACAGCUGCCCGGCGGGGCUCACCGGGAAGCAGCAGUGAUUGUCUCACACAUCAUUUACAAUAAAAGAAAGAAAAAAAAAAAGGAUCGAAAGCUGGUUGUGGUAGCCCAUACCUGUAAUCACAACACUGAGAGACUGAAAUAAGAGGAUUGCAAUUUCAAGCUCAGCCUGGACAAUUUAGUGACUUAAUGAUACUUUGUCUCAAAAAAAAAAAAAAGAAAAGAAAAGAAAAAGGCAAAGGAUGCAGGUAAGUCUUCAAUCCCCACUAUCACACACAAAAAAUUGAAAACCAGUAUAAAUGUUCAUUAAUAAAGGACUGGUAAAUCAUGAUACAAUCACAAGUUGAAACCCUUUGAACACUAAAUACUGAAUAAGAAAGCUGUUUAUACUACUAAGAAAUGAUCUGCAAGAUACUUUAUGUGCAAAAUUUUAAAAUACAAAACAAUUAUCUAAUAUGCUUCAAUUUCCAUCACAUAGAAGAAAAUUAUACACAUCCGUGUGCAUAUAUACAUUUAUGUGUAUAUGUGUACUUACUUUGUUUGUAUUAGCAUGCACUAUCUGAAAAGAUACACUACUAGAAACUAGUAAGAUUGGCUUAAUCUUGGAAAGGGACCUGGACAGCUGUGUGCAAAAUUUAAAGAAAAACUUUUUAUUCCAUACAAUUUUGUACUUUUGGAUUUUGAACCAUGUGAAUAAUAAAUCAAUACCAGUGUUUCAAAAUUUUUCAGAGUUGAAGUUUUGCCAUCAGAAUUGACUGUUUCUCUGUCAACUAACUUUGUUUAUAAAUAGAAAGUGACUAAAUUUUUCAUGUGUUAAUGAGAAGGGAGGCAAAAUACUCAAAAGAUGCUUUUAGCCCUAUUUCUUCUCUCAUUCAUUUAUAAGGGAAAAAGUCUAAUACAUAAAACUCUAAUGAACAUACCGUGAGUGUGGUGGAAAUGAUGAAUUAGCAAAUUCCUUAGAAUUUUAUCUCCCCAGGGCAGAGUCCAGCCAACUUUCCCAAGGUUACAUUUAGUCAAGAAAGAAAAAGAACCCCAGGCUUAAUUCUCAAGGGGGAAAUUCAAGCGCAUUGACUUCAGUAGCAGGGAAGUAAUCCUGCAGGAAUUGCACGAAGACUUUCGCUUUUGUUCCUGAGCCAGAUGCCUUUGUGAUUUUUGUUUUUAACAUUGACUUCUACCAUCGUUUCACUGAACAAAGAUUUGAAUAACUUUAAAAGAUAGAGACAGUAAAUUUUAAAAUAAAUAUAAUGUUUUUAGUGUACAAUAGGGUCCCAAGAAGCUGGGUGAGGUGGUGCACACCUGUAAUCCCAGCUACUCAAGAGGCUGAGAAGGGAGAAUGGCAAAUUACAGGUGAUAAACACACUGUUGAUCUACAAAUUAAAACACUGAGCUUCCUGGUCACAAAGUGCUCCAACUAAUUACACAGUUGCCAUUUUCCAAAGCAACCCCUGGCUUUCUAAAGAAGGUGAUUUUUCCUCACUAUUGAAUUCCAAGAAAAAUUUUUGUUGCUCAUAUUUUAGAUCAAGACUGCUGAAUAGGUGGGGGCAAAGGGGAAGCAAACAUACUAUAAGAAAAUUCAUCUAGACUUUUUUUUUAUUAUGGCUUUGAACACAAACCAAAAGCAUUAAAAAUAAAACUCAGUUGGAGGAAGAUUUUCACCAAAUCAGAGAUUAAGCUAAUAUUAUCCCAGUCUUAUAAGAGUAGCAGGUAAUUCCAGCACUCAGAAGGCUGAGGCAGGAGGGUCGUUGCGAGUUCAAUAUCAGCAUGGGCUACAAAGGGAGCUCAAGAUCAGCCUGAACUGCAUACUGAGACCCUGCCUCAAAAAGACAAGAAAAAGAAAAAAAAGAGUAGCACAUCAGGGAACUGGCUUUCCACAGAGGUAACUACAGACAUCAGUUCUUCUGCAUACACCUCUGAAAGUGAACUAUGCUUAUGGCAAAUUUCUAACAUCUCUACAAAUCUCAUCUCAGAAGUUGAUCCAGCUGCUACACACAACAUUCCAGAAAUUUUCCAAUCAUUUCAUAGUUGAUGAACAAUUGUUAGAAGUUGUAGUCAUCUGUGACAAAGAGUGUUGGAGUUCUGUGAUACUGUUAAUGACUUUUUUCCCUGUUUUUGUAAAAAGAAAAGGUAUAUUACAAAUAACCACGUAACUUUUAUUUUCCAUAUUCCAUGAUGGUAGAAUAUAUUUUGGCCAAAUGCACAAACUGACCAGCUGUAGCAGUGGCUAUAUAGCAAGGAACUGCGAGUUUGAGAGCAGAGCAUGACCGUGCUUCACUUACAAACAACUCUGGUUACUGAAAACUUAAUUCUUAGUGUUCUGAGAGGCUUAAAAAGACUCUUGAGUAACUAUCAGAGUGGUAGUUCUUGCAAAAGUGCCAAUUUGUAAGUAAGGCAUCUCAAGAAAAUAGUUUCUUGGGCCUGGGCUCACUAGCAAGAGGUCCUGGAUUCAGCCUAAAAGAAAAAUUCCAAAAAGGAUAUUUUUAUUGCAAUACAUUGCAGUAGCAGUAGUGAGGAAAUGUAGCUUCCUUUUAUCAAAAUGACCUGAGAAUAACUAAGAAACUUUUACCCCCAUCCCCACACACCAUGAAGUAUCCAUUUAUAGACUCGGUGGAAGGAACCGUUCUUGUAGUAUUAUGCCAAGGUUAUUUUAAUUCACACACACACAAAGAAAUUCUGUAAUCCUGCUGCAGAUCUCCUCAUAUUAGAAAGAAAUUAAGAAAAAUAUAGCACUUACCAGUUUGUUAUGCAACCUCUUUGAAUAUGACUACUUUGAGUGCUUAGAAUGUAUGACUAAAGAGACUAGUGGUCUGCGUAAUACACUCUUGACGAUGAAUCAUAACUGUGUCACACUUGAACUUGGUUAGGCUUUGCUCUAAAGGCCUGCAGUUGGAGUCUUUCCUUAAAAGGAGGAAGUGUUUUCGAUUUCAACCUGUUUACUGCUUCAUGCAAGUAUCAAUAAGAAAUCUCUGACUUUUAUUGUCUCAUUCUUUUGAGAUACUAAUCCAGCUAGACUUUUUAAAUUUGCUUUCAGUUUACUCCUCUGGCCUUGUUCUCUUAACCACAUGCAAACCCUGAGAGGGUUUGCUAAUUUGUCAGGGAUUAUCUGAAACUAAUGCAAGCAGUCAUGACCUCCAAUGGGUGUGGUUUUGCCCUAUUGUGAUCGGGCAGAAUGCAUCCCUCGCUACUGAUUAAUGUUUGAUUCAUUCCACUUUUUGGUUUUUGGUCUGAUUCAUGGUUGGCUAUGAAAUCUUCCCCCUUUGGAAGUGGUAUGCAAGGAAGUAGAACAAUGUUCUGUGUCAAACCUUUGCAACUUGUAAUGAUGUAGGAAGAACCAUAAACCAUAUAAAUAGCAAUUAGCCCUUGCGUUAUUACAUAAGCAUUCUUCAAAAUACAAUCACUCUUCUAAACAUGGGCUUGCAAUUUAGGAAAGCCACAGACAAUACUAUCAUCAUUGUUUUCUCUGUACAGAG